AUGGCUGAGCGUGAUUUAGAAGUGGAUGUUUACGAGUUUCUUCAGAAGAUACAGUUGGGACAGUUUUUUGAGAAGAUUGAUAAAGUACUCCACCUGACACGAUUGGUUCAUUUUGACCAUGUUGCCGAGAGUGACCUGAGCGAUAUCAACAUGUCUAAACCUGAGCAGAGGAGAUUGUUUGAUGCCAUCAAGAAACACAAGAAAGAACGAAAGAAGGCUAGCAAGACACGCUUCAGUUUGAGGGUAUGUUUAAUAUUGUUGUUAGUUUGAUCUAAUAUGUUGGCACAUCAUCUCAUUUGAUUGACGAAUCUUAUAUGAGAAAAUUUUGUGAAAACAUUAACACCAAUAACAGGAAACUGAAUUGUUAAAUUUGACAACGGCGAAAGGUUAAGAACAUACGCUGUCCUCGUUUACGUCUGGUAAGCACCUGACGAACGAUCUUUGCUAGUGGUUUCACACGUAAACCAAGGCCGACCUUAUUCUCCGCGCUUGCCGGAAAGAUCGUUUGGCCAUCAUUCAUAAAUUGUUGACUUGUGCUUAUCUUUCUAAGAUAAGCACAUGUUCUCAUUCCCAGAUCGCGUUAUAAGACCACACAACCAAUGCAUGUUUGCUAAUGCGGAUUUUUGAAGUAAGGCUCGGCAACAUCGGAACAGUAAUUCUAGAAAGCGCAUGCAGACAAUUUCCCUCUCUAAAGGCUGACAUGAGAUUGAUUGAAUCAUAUUAAUGUUUAGAAGAUACCACGUUAUAAGAGCAAUAAAAAUCACCCUCAAAUAUACCACUCAACUAUGGUAUUGCGUAAAUUUGAAGUUGCAAGAUUAAAUAAAUUUAUGCGAAGACGAUAAUUGAAGUCUAAUAUAUAGAUGGAUAUUUAAAUAUAUUAUACGAGAACACGGUAGAACGUGCAAGCACAUUGAAGCACAUGUGAUUUCAGUGUCGGGAAUAUCACGUUAAAAAUAAGCCGCGCUGUGUAAUUCGAAAAACUUUGACCAACAGCAUACAGAGGCUUGAAUUGACGAAAUUAUUCAACAUUUGCUGAUCUGUUUGAUAUCUGAAUACUAGUAAGCAAUAUUGUGUCUGUCAAUAUUAUCUUAGAGUUAUAAUAUGAGGCUUGUUCUCCGAAUUCUUCUACACUACACAGUUUUAAAACUAGGACUCAACCGUCCCCAGAUAACGCGUAAACAUGUUCAUUAAUCCAUGACUUCUGAGUAAUUGUUAAACUUGGAAAGAGUCGUGUUGGAACCAUGAUGGAAACAACUUCCGAGACAGAGAAACGCGAUAACAGUAACAGAAAGUAAACUCUUACAUGAGAAAAAGUCGUGUCAACUUGCAGAACUUUUAUUAAACACAAUAUGAAAAAGCUGCAAAGAAAGCUUGAAAUGAAUAGAUAUUGAAACAAAGUCAUUCUCGAAAGUUCACUGUCUGCUUACACGAUUAAAGGCUGGUUUAUACGAUGAAUAAGUUUCUGUGAUCACAGUAGUGAGUAGGAAUUUUGCAAAGGUAAAUUCUAAGUUUUGAAGGAUUUGUAAGAAAUGAGGGAGCUGACUCAUUGUUAAACAGUCAGUCAGUUUCCUCCGAAAUUCCUUACAAAUCCUUCAAAACUUAGAAUUUACCUUUGCAAUAUUCGUACUGUGAUCACGGCAACUUUUAGAGUGUACAACAGGCUUAAUAAGACGCAAAUGUUCAGAUGAUAUCGGACAGAGUCAGAACGCAAAUUUUAUUCCGGAUCCACUUGUUCACAAGGGGUUUGUGCGGUUAUCUGUCGUCGAAUUUGUCUCAUUUCACACGGCAAGAUCGCGCAAACUUAUGAAAGUUUUCCCCCGUGUGAACAAGGCGUAAUAUCAAGUGGGAUUAACAGAGCUUAUCGCCUUAUAGCUUAUAGAGUUUUCAUUGAUGGAUCUUGACUUGAUUUUGUUUCUAGUACAUGGUUUUUUUACAUUUCCUAAGCGUUGAUAUAUGCAUGUCAAAUACCUCCCAUGCAGAACAACCUUUGCUGUUACUAUGUUCAAAUGGUUGCUGAGACACUCGUGCGCCUUUAUGUAGGAUAGUUGAAUGUGUCUAAACUAUGUAUUGUUCAUUCGUGAUGAUAAAUUGCUUAAAAACGUUCUUUGUUUAUUCUUGAUGAAUAAAUGACACGUGUAGUCUGGAAAAUUGGCCGAGGUCAGGUGUUUUUAUCAGAGAAAUUUUAUCAGUUUUAUCGAUUGUUUUUCUAUGGUAGCGCGGGAAACAAAAAUUCUCGGUUGGCGUUUUGGCUAUUUUUACAUAUGUAUAGAGAAUGUAAAAAUAAAGCCGGUAAUUAAAAGGAAUGAAGUAGGAGGAAUGAUGAAGCAUGACAAUAAAGAUCUUUUGCUGAUAAAACGUGCAUGGGUCAAAUGCCAUAGCUAUAUUGAGUUACGCCAUGUAUGACGGGAUGUUCUCAUCUACCAGUCGGAUGUCGAAGUAAUAUUUUCCUAUCUACGUUGUGAAAUAUUUUCAUUUUGCGUCCUGCUUAGAGUGUUAAUCACCCUGGCUCCAACUAUAUUCUAUACUUGCGCGAUUAUAAUACCUCGUAUUCAAUAACUAUGCUUGCAUUCAUACCCCCUGUUUCUGUAAACAAUACAAGUUAAUAUUUGGCCUAUGAUACGCUGACUGCAUAUGGCGGCCCUCAUAGAUUAUGCGCGGUAGGAAACUUCUAGACUGUACAUUAGCACAUUGACAAGACAUCAAGAACAGCCCGUUUUUAGGGCGUUGAAAUCCACUGCCGAACCCGUUCGCAGGUAUUUCGUGUUUAAUUCGUAGCAUUUCUAUAAAUUUGAACAAGCAACUGUAGCUCAAUAAUGCCAUGUUAUAUAGAUUGACGUCACUUAUAAAAAAUAUAAUAUACGCGCCCUAGUUAGAUUAUAUAAUGCAUGACGUUUACGCCUGGUAAGAAAUGAACUGAGAAUGAUAAUUUAUUCAACUUAUUCACCAGUAAUUUUCCUGUUUCAAUCAUUUACCACGUUACAAAUUACAACAGAAUUGUUGCAAUUAGUACUAAACAGACUAACCAGAAUUUUAUUUUAAAAACUAUCUGUAUCGUUUGUUUGGUCGCUUACUGAUCGGUUUCUUUGUAAACCUAAGUCACAGAAACUUCUUUGUUAUCGUUGUUUACGAGUGUUCAGCUAUAUUUAAUGCAUGAUUUCACCUACGAGAAUGAAAAUUGAACAUUUCAAACAUUUUCCGAAUAUAUUUGCUUUACGUGCGUUGGUAAUUUACUUGAGAGUUUCAUUGUUUCAUUUGAUGUUUAGGAACGUUGCCAAAAGAUAAUUGUCUGUUGCACGUUUAUGUUUGUGGCCCAUCCUCAUUCCUAACAUUGCUUUAGUAGCAUCAGACAAUCGCGAUGAUGACAAUGUAAUAGAAUCAUUCGCUCGUAAUGUAAUUUUUUCGUAGUAACUCCAGACGCCUUCGCUCGAAACGUCGAAGUUCUCUUUAUAUUUUUCAGGUAGUUCCAUCACCCUACCAACGCAAGUUUGUUUAUAAUAUCACGAUGAAUGAAUGGUUAAAUAAAUUAAUGCAAUUCUGAAAUAAGUUGACCUGACGUUUCAAUAUUCCAUGUCCAUAGUGUUUGGCUCAUGACUCCAGUCUAGCCAGAUAUUAUACCUCAUGGUUGCAGUUUCAAAUCAUGCUCAUUAUAUAAGCAUUGUAGAUAUUAGGACUAUCGAAUGCUUUGUACAUGUACUGAACUUUCAGUAUUCAUAAUUUUGUUCUUCCCGCAUUUGAGAAAAAUUAUACUCCAAUUUGAUUGUACAAAACGAGUUUUUGAAAUUUGUAGUCAUGACUCGGAUCUCAGUCCAUUUUGCACUUCAAAAAGUAACUUAAAAACUAUUGUUUUCAAAAUAAAUGUUGUUAUAUAUAAAAAGACUUAUUAAACCCAUAUCGUAUAUAAUCAUUCUCUCACCACGACAGUCUUGGCUAAGAUGCAAAAAUUUCAUCGUAUCCAGGUAAAAAUACUACAUCCGUCCGAUCAUUUACACCAUAACAAACGCAGCCGUUACUUAUUCUAAUUAGAACAGCAGCGUUGAUUACAUCGCCAUCAAACAAUAUAUGAUAGAAUAUUAACACUUUUUCUUUUUCCAAUGACAAUGUAUCAUUUGUUAAAGAAUAGUAUAAACUAUUAUGCUUCAAACUAUCAUAUAUACAAACCUACAGUGGGUUACUAGGAAAUAGUCUAUAUGUUGGGCACAUAGAUAUCUUAUAUACACUAGAUAGCGAAUCUCUUUAGUAAAAUUGAAGCCGAGAAUAUUCCAGCGGUUAUCCCCAUUUGAAUAGAUGGCGGUCAUGUUGGAGUUUCCCACUCGCUAAUGAACGCUUAAAAAACAACAAUAACUUUCAUCAUUUGAAUAGUUUGAAAAUGUAUUUGGAAUAGGUUUAACUUAAUGUUUAAGUUAAAUAGAAAACAUACGAGUCUUCUCAUUUCAUAGGAAUAUCCUGAGUCUGUAAUCACGGCUUCAAUUUUUGAAUUGCAGAAUAAUUAGAUGGACUAUCUAGUGUAUAUAAGAUAUCUAUGGUUGGGCAUCUCGUUCACAGAUAGAACAGAAUUGAAGGUUUUUUGCAGAUGGAAUAUUCGGGCAGAAACUAUAUCCCUUUGCAAAAGCGAUGCCGCGACAAAGGAAAAAGUCGCGAACAAAAUUGCCUAAUGUUAAUUUAUUUAAUUUAAGAAUGUUUGUUUAAUUUCGAGUGAUUCUCUCAGUUAUUUUUUUCUCUUUUAUAUAAUUAUCGUACUCGGAUGGGCGUGGUACUUUCGGUUUCUGAUCUCAGGAUUUCAAUAAUGUUGUGUUUGUCAUUGGCUUUUGUUUCUUAUAGUCAGCACGGAAUUUCCAUCUACAAAUCAAAUGCCUUCAACAAGUACGAGUUAAAACAUGAGCAGACGAUCUUUAUCUGAUCAAUACAAACUCGAGCCCAAGGUGAGUGUAUAUCAGAUAAAGAUCUGCUGCUCAUGUUUUAACGUGUUUAAAAACAGGGGCGAAACUAGCCCCUUUUAAUUAGGGGGGUGUCUGGCAGAAUUGCCCUGCCAAAAAAUUUCGGUCUGUGUACCAUUUUAGGGGUCAAAAAAAUUUUCCGGACAACCUAUAUUUUUCGGAACAUAACACAAAUUUUCGAAAAAUUACAUAAUUUGCGAAAAAAUUGACUUAAAUUUAGAUAAAAUUGACUGAAUUUGUCCCAUUUUUUUUUCAAACCAAGAUUGCCCGACUGUUGAUCGAAUAUUGCCCCCGCCCGGUACGCCUAUGUGCUAUCAUUUAUUUAUAAGAGACCUUUGAUUGCCCUGCCAAUCGGGAUGAUUCGUAUUUUGGGGGGGUGCAACACCCCCCCAUACCCCCCCUCAAGUUUCGCCCCUGCUUAAAAAACGACCCAUGCCAUCGUAUGAGUUCAUUGGCGAAGUAAUUUUAAAAUUAAACAUUGUCUAACCCGAGAAAAUCAAAGCUGAAGUUUAUGUAAAUCAGGACAAAUCUUUAUCCGAUUUACAAACAUUGAUUAAACAUUCAUUUCUUUUGUAUUUUCCUCAUGAAUUAUUAAUGAGUUAAGUGGUGUUAUCAAGUGAGAUGCCGAAAAUUCUGAUAAUUUAUGUAUGAAUUCUGAUAAUUUAUGUAUGAAUUCUGAUAAUUUUUGACGUCUCGUUGUAUUUCGGUCUAUGUUAUGUUGCGAUAGGAACUUUACCGAACGAAAUAUAAGAAGAUUUCCCCUGAGUCCGCGUGCAAGUUAUCAUGGUCAUUUGAAAUGUUAUUACGUCACAGUAAUUGUUAGCUAAGUAUGUUGCCAAGUGCUACUUCAACAUAUUGGCCCCUGUUUAGAAAUCAUCUUAAUAUCCUCGUGAUUGCUUGAUCUUGACCCCCAAUCACAACCCUGCCCUAUUGUGCACAAAACAGCAUGAGGAUUAUUAAUUAGUGCUAGUUUUAUUCUUUGCAAUCUACCGUUUUGUUGUUAUGCCAAAUAGUUGAUUCUAGUCAGUAAUGAAGGCAUUAACAAAUUAUUUAUUUAAGCUGAAACUACUAGAUUGUUAUUUGAUUUCCUUGUACGCUCACGGCCAAACUGCUUGCCAGAACUAUCGUGCUAUGCCUAUGCAUGUUCAAUGAAUGAGUUUAAAAAUGGACGUGUUGACAGCCUAACAAUGCUUGCAAACACAAUGAGUCUGGUGGCGAGGCAAAAAUAGAUCAACUGUUAAGACACAAGUUUAUUUCCUUUGUUUCAAAAUUCUGUUUAUUUCCUUUCAAACGUCAUGGUGGAUAUUAAUAAACUAAUUAUGGAGUGUCGAUUAAUUUCGGAAAUUUUUAAAUACACUUUUAAUGUAGUGCAAAGUUGAAGAUUUGUUGAAAGUUGUUGCUUCAAAUGUCGUAUUUAUGAAACAUGUCACUACAAGCUUGUGAACCUACAGACAAAUAUUUUGCAGCAUCUUGUUAUAAGUUUUAUACUGUCAUAAACUAACAUAACUGGGUAUGGCACUAACAUGCACAUCCCUACAAUUUCUACGUAAGUCAUUCCAAACAUGAAAUGUUAAUGGCGAUAUUUAUCGUUUUUUAGAAAUCAAAAAAGAAGGACAGUUCACAUUCGUCGAGUGAAGGUGCUGUGAAGCAUGGCCAAGGAAAAUCAUGUUUGAUCAGUGAGAGCUCCCUUAAGUUGCUGGGAGAGCUGGGGGAUGGAGCGUUCGGCGUCGUCACUAGAGGGGAAUGGACACCAAAUAAAGGAUCUAAGGUGAUUUCCUCGGGAGGGUUGAUUGUGGUUUAAUUUUGUUUGAUAAGGAACGCUCUGUACAUGUGAGAAAAACACUUCGAGUUUGAGUCGGUACCAAGUACCGCAGAGGAUCGCUAGAGAGAACAAUUUACUAGGGAUGGGCCGAUAUCGAUACCAAAUACUCGAUACUAUCGAUACCAGGGUUUUGAAGAAAAGUAUCGAUACUGACAAGAAAUAUCGAUGUUUCGAUAUUUCUGCGCCCGCGAUAUUUUUCAUUUUGGUCAGCGGCAUCAUCAUGAAAAUGAUACCAAAAAGCCUAAAUAGGCGUAAAUAGUUCAUUUUGUAUGGUGCUAUAAUGGUCCACGGGAAGGAUGGGAGUUUCUGGUUAUGUUGGUUGCAAUCACUGACAUAUAUUAUUCGAUGUUUAUAUUGUUAGCGUUGUGGCCGUUGUUAAAUUAAUGAUUUCAAGUUGGGAAAAUAUCGAUAUCGGUAUCGAUAUCGAAAAAACCCGGCAAAUAUCGAGCAAAUAUCGUAUCGAAUGAAAAAGCUGGUAUCGCCCAUCCCUACUGAAUUUACAACUGAUAGAUCGAUCCAGCAUAAAAAAUAAAGUUAGUUUACAUAAGAUUUAGCUGCAUUUACCCUUUUGUUUGGGUAUCGAUCUACAGCCUGGUUUUUCUAUGCUCGACUUCCUUAGUUAGGUAAUUAAUCCUUAAUUACUUAAUUAAUCGUUAAUUAGUUGAUCGAUUAGUUAAUUAAUCGUUAAUUAGUUGAUCAAUUAUGUAAUUAAUUAUUAAUUAGUUAAUCAAUUACGUAAUUAAUCCUUAAUUAGUUGAUCAGUUAGGUAAUUAAUCUUUAAUUAGUUAAUCACUGAUUGGGUAAAUAAUUUUUAAUUAGCUAAUUUAGUCAAUGAAUCUUUCCAGGUUUCUGUUGCUGUGAAAUGUCUCAAGUUUUCAAACAAGGAGGCCUUCGUAAAAGAGCAAGAUAAUUUUAUGCGUGAAGCAAGUGCUAUGAGUGAGCUUGACCAUCCUAAUGUCAUCCAUUUGUAUGGCAUUGUGCUCGCUACUCCAAUCAAGUUAGUGAUGGAGUUAGCUUCGCUGGGAUCACUUCAGGAUAGGCUGAGAACUGAACCUCAGAAAUUUUUGAUAUCAAUGUUAUAUGAUUUUGUUUUACAAAUUGCUUGCGGAAUGAAUUAUUUGGAGUCGAAGAGAUAUGUUCACCGUGAUUUAGCAGCGAGGAAUAUACUAUUGGCCUCUUAUGAUAAGGUUAGUACUUUCAUAAAAUGCAUGCUUACGACUUCAACGAAAAAAUUUUAAAUCAUUUGUUUUAUUCAGGUUAAAAUUGGCGACUUUGGAUUGAUGCGAUUGUUACCAUCAGAAGAUGAUAUUUAUGUCAUGAAUCCCGCUGGAAAAGUAGCUGUAGCAUGGUAGGUUGAUGCUUCAAACCAACAUGAUCUCACAUCAUCCUACAGUUUUGAAUACAAGGUCCGUGUGAACAGUAUGUUUGCAAACUGAUGUUGGUGAAGAAGAAGGAAUUUACUUAGCACUAAACUUAAAAGCAUUGAAAACAAUACUAUAGUUCACACUUUAUACAUCCAACAUUCAUGUUAGAUUAUUCAUUCUAGGUGUGCUCCUGAAUGUCUUAAGAAUCGCGAGUUCUCGCACGCCAGCGAUGUCUGGGCAUUUGGUAUUACAGUGAUUGAAAUAUUUUCGUAUGGAAAGCAGCCAUGGGAUGGACUUAGUGGUGCUCAGGUAUGUUUCGCUGAAUAGUUGUUCUAUGUAAAACAUAAGCGAUAAGAAAGUAGUUCAAACUGAAUAAAGUACAAACUUUUCAUUUCUUAUAUUUAUGUCGUUUAGAUCUUGGAGAUAAUAGACGAACCAGCCAAUGGCAGACCAGGCAAGCCUGUUCAUUGUCCGGAUAAAUUAUAUUCUCUUCUUUUUGAACAUUGCUGGGAUCCCAAUCCAAAAGACAGAUCAAAAUUUUCAUCCAUUAAAGACAGAUUACAAGAGGUAAGAUUACCAGUUCACUGUAGUCAGCAAAACUGUCAGGCGACAGAAAGCUUUAUCAAGACUUGGACGAUCAUUGGAUUGAUUAAUAUCCAUUGUAUCAUCGAUGAUCAUUUGUUUGAUUGAGACAAACAUAUAAUGAUGUUUUGCUAUUGUGUUACCAGGCUGUUCCUGAAGAUGUCACGUCGUUUUUUGAUUUGGAGAAAGAUACAAAUCCUGACAAUCUCGUCGCUAAAUCUGGUGAUUUAAUUACUGUUAUCACGUGGAAGUAAGUACUGUAGUAAGGUCGUAUUUUCCGAGGUUUUUUAUACUUAUUUCAAGCGAAUUGGUUCGCGAAGGACUGCAAUAUUUCAUUAUCAUAAAAUACACGAGAAACCGAAAACUCAUUUUCUCAUCUUUUCAAGGUCAAGACUUGGAACAGGGUUUGGUAAAGGUCAAAACAAGAGAACAGCCGAGGUUGGCUAUUUUCCCACUUCCCAAGGUAUACUUCUUAAACUUUUAUAAACGAAGUCUUUUUUUCAAUGAAGCGAAAUGAGCGCGAAGUGUUAUGUGUCUAUCUUUUAAUUGUCAUGUAGAUCAGACAAUUUGGGGGAAAAAACAUGUUUUUAAAAAAACUAACAAAAUUGCACGAUUUUUUUUUAUACAUAAAGUAUAUCCUUAUUGUCUAAUGUCUAUUGUAUUCAUUUUCAGUCACUCGCAAUAUUUUAAAGAGCAAAGGUUCUGUAUCGAGACCCAGGUAUGUACUUUAUUGUGUAACAUAUAGUAUAGUUUCCAAACAAUUGUGAUCUAAGCAAUUUCUACAAAUCCAUGAAGUGUUUAAGUUUUAGUUCUGCUUUUCAAUAUAGGAUUGCAAAAGUUAAAGACAUUAGUCCACCGUUAGAUAACUCAUUCUCUCAUUGUGCACAUCGUGGGAAUGGAGAGACACCGAAUUGGGGAACAAUUAUGUCUGAGGAAAGGUAGGCGGGUAUCUAUAUAUUAUUCAAAAACUCAUUAAUAGUUCAUGAGGACUUACAACGACGUAUUUUUUGAAAAUUACUUCGCCAAUGAACUUACUAGAUCGUUUUUGAAGCAAUUUAAAACAUUCGCAGUGUGUGUUUUAUCAGACCUAAAUAUACUCAUAAAAAACUGCUGCUCAUGCUUUGAAUAGUACGUUAAUAUUUCCCUCUCCUUAAUUACCAUUCAUUAAUAAUAUUGUUCGUUGUUUUCUUACUCUUCCUAGACAAGUUCUUGGAAAGCAUCGUCCUCUAAAUUUACCAACCAAAUUAAUUUCUCUGAAUAAUUCAGAUGGCGAAAGUCAAAGUAAGUAGUUGCUAGCAGGAAUUUUGUUUAGGUUGAUAGAGUAGUUAGUGCCUUCCGCAGUUUGCAAGAGAGUGUAGUUUGAUGGUUUUAGAUUCAUGUCUCCCUGUUUACGAAUGCUCACCCUGGCCAUAACCGCUGACUCUAACUCAUAAACAGCGACGCAUGAAUCUAUAUCCAAUUUGACUCCAUGAAACACCGCUGGCUUACUCCUGAUUCCUUCUCCCGUAGUACCUCCAGGAAGAACAGAAAUUAUUGAGCUUUCCAGUAUGAAUAAAGCAAGCUUAGUUUACACCUAUAAAUACCAACGGGUUUACAAUCUGACAUGACUAAAAAGAUUUUUCUCUUUAAGUUGAAGGCGACAGUGGUGAGAUGUUUUCAUUAGUGAGUCGUGAUAGUUGCAAUUAUAGCAGUUCCUUAUCGCUUGGUCAAAGAAGUUGCGCAGAUUCUGGUUACUAUAGCAACCGUGACACGUACAUGUCUCAAGAUUAUGAACAAAUGACCGGAAGUAAUCCGAUCGCAAUACCAGGGACGAACCCUCAGGGCCGAGCAAUGAUUGGAACGUUCGUGCCUAAUCAUUAUACACGUCGUCCAUCGGGUGCGAGCCUCCAGUUCGAUCCUUAUCAUGGUCAGCGGAGUCGUGUAGAUUCGUUCGGGUCCGACUUUUCCAGUGGAUCUGAACUGCGUCCAGCACUUCCUGCCAAGCUGAAGAUGGUUGGUAACCAUGGCAACAUAAAACCAACAGUGUCAAUAAGUUUUCAUGGCAACAGGCCUGAGAAUCCCUACGAGAAUAUCAGCGAAAUUCCUGGAGCCAAUUAUGAGGACAUGCAAAGACUUUCCCAUGUAACCCAUCAAGUUUCCGAAGGACCCCUGAUGUCUUCUUCUCCCGAAUCUGUGUAUAUGAAUCCCCAGCGUGUGAAUAACCCAGAUAGUUUAAACUUUAUUAAUAUGAAUUACCCAAUCAUAUACGACCGUCCACCGAUAGACAAUCGAUACAAUUGUCAUGACCGUUGUCAUAGCUUUCCUGAGUUGGAUAUGAAAAGAAAAUCUAUGAAUGGGGAAGCGAAGAGAAACAGUUUUUCAUCAGAAAAGAAGAUAGCGUUACAUUCAUUGAACGAGAGUAAAUCUGCUCCCAUUUUGGACAGAGAAGUUGAGACCACACCAAAUUCUAAGAAUUGGGAAACUGGAACUGCUGAUGAGGCCAUGAGUGAAGAAAUUUACGAGAAUAUCGAGAUUUAUAAUGUUCCACAAGCACUACUUUCUGACACUCCGCCGCCUUUGCCGGUCAAACGAAAAAAUUCCAAGAUCUCUGUUCAUAGAAACAGUGGGUCGCAUGAUUUAGAUAUUUCCAAGAAACUGGCGUUGUCACAGGAAAUGUUUGAGGAAUACUACUCGCGUCCUGUGUCGCAAGAUGUGCCGCCAAAUUUUGACUCUCAUUUGUAUGCUGAGAUUUCGGAUAAACUUAUCAAAGAAUUAAAUUUGGAAGAUCAAAGUGGCUUGACGGAUACGAGUUCCUUCAUGGAGAUCAGUAAAGAUUACGCUGAUUUGGACGCAAUUUGCGCCAAGCUGCGGGAGGAAACUGCCGCAGACACGGAACUCGCGGAAAAUGCUAAUGAAGCGCAAGAUGUCCUAUGUCCUGUUGAAUCAAAUACUUCGAAAAAUAACGAUGUUCUAUGGAGAAGGUUCUCCAACGACCAACACAGAAUUCAACAACAUACUCGAAGAAUCAGGCGAUCAGUUAGUAGUGACGAUAAUUCACCCAACGGUCGCUCGGAAGGACGUCGGUCAUCCGACACAAGCACUCGGUCGUUGUCGUCGAACUCUCUGAAACAUCCUUGUAGUGAACUAGAGGGCGUGCAAUCGUUGCAUACGCGCGCCACUCUGGUUACCACAGUUUAG